UUGUGCGACCAAGAGUAAUUAUUAUUAAUUACAUUAUCUUGUUUCCUUGUAAAUUCAAAACACCACUGUAUAUUUACAUUAAUUUACUACACCUUUAUUCGGUGAACAUGGAUAUAAACAGGGAUAAUAAAUUAAUAUGUGAAGAUUGUGGAAAGUCAUUUUCUUCUACUUCAACAUUGUAUCGGCAUAUGAGGGAUAUACAUAAUAAAAAACAGAGUGAAAAAGAGAGCCAACACAUUAUUUGCCCCCUUUGCCUGGACAAAGAGAAGUUUACAUCCUAUGAUUCUUUAAUAAGACACUUUCAUAGUAUUCAUAAUAUACAUAUUAAAGAAUCUGUUUUAAAUUUUAGGAAUUUGGCAGAGUUUGAAAUUUGGAGGUCUGCAGAAAACAGAGAGGUAGAUUAUGCUGUUCAUCGAAGAAAGAAAUGUGCUAAUGGGGAAGAAUUUAUUUACUAUAAUUGUAAUAGAAGUGAUUCAAAAGGAUAUGUCAGUACAUGUUUGCAACGGUAUUUAAAGUCUAAAGGAAGCAUUCGUAUGCAAGGAAUUUGUCCAUCAAGAAUAAUAGUUAAAAUUCUAGUAGAUGGAGUGAUUAGAGUAAGAUUUUUUGAAACCCACAUAGGACACCCUGACGAAUUAAGAAGCAAAAGGCUAACAAAAUCGGAACAGGAGAUAAUUGUGAAUAAAUUAGCAGCAGGAAUUUCAAACAAGAGAAUUAUUCAGGAGGCCAGAAGCGUAGACGGCAAUAAACUACAAAGGAAAAAUUGUAUAACAAGAGGACAUUUAGAGUACCUAAUACGAAAAUUUAAUAUUGACAAGAAAAGGGACAGUAAUGAUAUGAUAGCCACAGUGUUAAAAAUUCAGGAAUGGAACAGUGAUGGAAAAAAUCAUGGAUUUUUAUUUAAACAGAUAGGAGAAACUUAUCCAGGAUUAGAAGAAGAUGAUUUUGCAGUUGGAUAUAUGAAUGCUAUUAUGGAAAAAAAAUUAAGAGAUUUUCCAAAAAUAAUCUGUAUAGAUGGAACUCAUGGAACAAAUAGGAGAAACUGGGACUUGACAAUUGUGUUAAUAAGAGAUGAACAAAAUAUGGGUUUUCCAGGCACUUAAAACUAGAUUAGGGGAAGCAGUUCAAGCUGAAUAUAUAAUGAGUGAUGACGAUCCAAAAUAUUACAAUGCAUGGAUAAUGGCUAUGGAUGCAGAACAUAAACCAAGAAGAUUACUUUGUACCUGGCAUAUAGUGAAAAAUUGGAACAUACAGGAAGGUCUAAAAUCAAGAAGUUGGAAAAUAGACAGAUAAUGAAACAUGAAAUGAGGAAAAUUUUAAAGGAGACUGAUCCACAAAAAUUU